CAUACAUACCUGUAUAGAAUAAACGGAAUAACCUAUGGAAAAGUACUUAAAAUCUACUUGUUUGUUUGUUUUUCAAUAUGUGUUUCUUUAGAACGUAUUUCAAGCUUUGUAUGUGUAAGAUUUAUAUGUGCGAGAUAAUUUAAUAUUGAACAUCUGAUACUAACAAUAAGAAGUUUCUCGAGGCAUAUGCUCAAACAUAAAUAUUUUGCAUCGAUUUUGAUGAAGAGGUGGCCCUAAAAUAUCCAAUUAUGGCAUCGGCGAUCGAAGUUUUGGGGAAGCAAGCAAUGAAAACGUUCAGCGAUCGCCGGUUUUGUCAAAAAAACUUGGAAAAAUUAUUAAGUUUGCUAAACAAGAUAACAGCAGAGGAUGUGAAACUCGAUAAAAACAUUCUAGAUUACGUUAGUAGACAGCCCGCGCCUAUGUGCGUGAUGGAUAUAUUCGAGAACAAAGACAUAACAAUUGCAAUUUUCAUAUUGAAACAUGGAGUUAGGAUGCCUAUGCAUGAUCAUCCUGGAAUGCACGGUUUAUUGAAGGUAAUCAGUGGUAUGGUAGAAUUAAGCAGCUACAGUUUGAAGACAAAGAGUGAUCAUGUAAUUAAAGCGAAGGAGGAAAUUGCGGCAGUCAGGCAUAGGCCUGACUAUCUUCAUAGCAACUCACCCGCUUGUACCUUUACACCGACGGAAAAGAAUUUUCAUGAAAUCUUGUGCGUGGAGGGUCCUGCAGCUUUUCUAGACAUACUCAGUCCACCGUAUGACGUCGACGAGUUUGGCAAGGGAACGAGACCCUGUACGUUCUUCAAGACCGUCAAGUCUAAGUUGUGUACAGACGUGACAGAUAUAAUCGAAGAAGUUCAAUUGACAGUUGUGGAGAAUCUGCCGGACUUUUAUUCUUCGAGUUUAGAGUAUAGAGGACCUCCUUUGAAAAAUCACUGUACGUAAGAUAAUACUUUUCCACUUCGUGGUUUGUGAAUUUUGUAUUUGUGACGUUGUGCAUAAUCAUAUAGUUGUAUAGUACAUAGACUUUUACCACUAUAAUCUUCACCGCUAAAUAUAUUUAAGAUUUAAGGCUCCUGGUCCCUGCUACAACUGUCCUUAUUUAAUGACGUCAGAAGCGAGAAAUGACACGUUUGCGAAUACACCAGCGAAUAAGCCUAUAUGCGGUUAGGCUUUGCAUCACAUUCAUUUUACGACUGUUCAUUAACUGUCAAGGGGAACGGAUAGAACUCGGAAUAUUUUUCAAGUGUGCUGAAGUGAUCUAAAGUGUCAUUUUGUGCAAAUAUCUUUUUAUUUGGAAAUACCAUGCAAGAAUUUUCCAUGUGUCAUUUUUCGCUUUUGACGUCAUUAAAUAUAAGGACAGUUACAGCAGGGACUAGGGAGUCUUAAGUUUAAUGCACGCGUGGUAGAUAUAAUCGAAUCAAGAGACACGGGGUAGUGUCUCGCGCCAAGUAUACGCGUAGCGCGAGACCGCUUCGUGUACCUCUUUACGCGAGCCGGAGAGUUGCGAGUACCUGGAGAUUAUCAGAUUUCAAUAACAGCUAAAUGUUCAUAUUGUGAACGCGUGGAGCUCCGUGCCCUGUAAAUUUAGCUCCAACUCGAUUCUAUAGUUAAUCACAUGUCACUGUUGGAUGCCGAGUAUAUGUACAUAGAUAUAAUAUAUUAGCGAUUUUGAAGGCUUGUGCUGUUCUGCACUGGUGCGUAUUAAAGACUACUACAUUUAUCGAGAAAGAUACGGUACAUUUUUACUGAUAAAGUAUUCAAUGUUAAUAUAUCUUCAUGUAUAGCAGUCUUUAAAAAGUUAAAAUAAAGGCAGUGCAUAUGCCUGACGAGUUUA